GGAAGCUGAUGGUCCUGGGGCUGUAUGGGGAGGCCAGGACGGGGGUCUUGGAAGUACCCCAUUCUUGAUCGUUUGCGUGGGGAGUUGGGAUUUUCUUGGCAUCAGACUGGCCCAGGCCGUGACCUAACUGACCCUGUGACCUUGGGCAGGUUGAAAUGCCACUGAGUUUUAGUAAGCUGAAGAUAACAAAACGCCAACUUUGCCGGCUUGCUGUGAGAAUUUAUGACACAUGUAAAGUCCCUCGCCUGUGCCUGCUUCUGUCUGGCUGUGGCUUUUAUUUUAGCUGGCAGUGGCCAGGGUUUGUUUGGGUUCAGAAAUUCCUGCUUUGCCACCUGCUGGCUCAGGUAACUUUGGAAUCCAGUGGGUGCUGCCCAAGCCUGAAGCACCCAGAGCCAGGGAGCCGCCUGCAGGGAAGGACUUAACACAGGAAUUUUCCACGUGCGCAGACGCCAAGACUUGCAGCUGCUGUGGUCAUUCCAGGAGGCAGCAAGUAGGAUUCGAGAACCCACACCUCCUCAGGCUAUGGCGGUCCAGGGCCUGUCCCUUCGUGUGGCCACCUUGCUGACGGGGCUGCUGGAAUGCCUGGGCUUUGCGGGUGUCGUCUUUGGCUGGGCCUCACUGGUGUUUGUUUUCAAAACGGAGCAUUACUUUGAGGACCUGUGUGAACCCAAGGCCCAGCUGAUAGGCAACGCCACGGAGCUGACUGACUGCAAAGCCCAGGAUGAGAGGUUCUCACUCAUCUUCACGUUGGCGUCUUUCAUGAACAACUUCAUGACCUUUCCCACUGGCUACAUCUUUGACCGGUUCAAGACCACUGUGGCCCGUCUCAUAGCCAUAUUUCUCUACACCAGUGCCACGCUCACCAUAGCCUUCACUUCUGCAGACUCAGCCUCGCUGCUCUUCCUGGCCAUGCCCAUGCUAAGCGUGGGUGGAAUCCUGUUUCUGAUCACCAACUUGCAGGUUGGGAACUUAUUUGGAAAACACCGCUCCACCAUCAUCACCCUCUACAAUGGUGCAUUUGACUCCUCCUCAGCUGUCUUCCUUAUCCUUAAGCUCCUCUAUGAACAGGGCGUCAGCCUCAGGGCCUCCUUCCUCUUCCUCUCUGUCUGCAGUGCUUGGCACGUCGGGCGCACCUUCCUCCUGAUGCCUCGGGGGCACAUCCCCUACCCACUGCCCCCUAACUACCACUAUGGCCUGUGCUCCGAGAAUGGCUCUGCAGAGGAGAAGAAAGCGCCUGAGCCUGAAAAGAUGGAGCGCCAGUCCAGGGAGCUCGUGUCAAUGGAUGCAGAGAGCCCCGGGCCUGGGCAGCAGCAGGAGCCCCGUUCCUUCUGGAGCUAUGCUUUCUCUCGGCGCUUUGCCUGGCACCUGGUGUGGCUGUCGGUGAUACAGCUGUGGCACUACCUCUUCAUUGGCGCACUCAACUCUCUGUUGACCAACCUGGCCCGUGGGGACAGGGUGCUAGUCAGCACCUACACAAAUGCAUUUGCCAUCACUCAGUUCUUCGGAGUGCUGUGUGCCCCUUGGAAUGGUCUGCUCAUGGACAGGCUUAAGCAGAAGUACCAGAAGGAAGCGAGAAAGACAGGUUUCUCAGCCUCGGUGGUGGCCCUCUGCUCAACGGUACCCUCGCUGGCCCUGACGUCCCUGCUGUGCCUGGGCUUUGCCCUCUGUGCUUCAGUCCCUGUUCUCUCCCUCCAGUACCUCACCUUCAUCUUGCAGGUGGUCAGCCGCUCCUUCCUCUAUGGGGGCAAUGCAGCCUUCCUCACCCUCGCUUUUCCUUCUGAGCACUUCGGGAAGAUCUUUGGGCUGAUGAUGACCUUGUCGGCUGUAGUGUCUCUGCUCCAGUUCCCCAUCUUCACCCUCAUCAAAGGACCCCUCCAGAACGACCCGUUCUCUGUGAACGUGACACUGAUGCUUGUCACCCUGCUGACAUUUGUCCACCCCUUCCUGGUAUACCGGGAGUGCAGAGGUCAGAAAGGAAGCCCCUCUGCAGUUGCCUAGUUCAGAAACCCUUGUCUUCAGCCCUGAGGAUGCUUUUGUUAAUUGUUCCCCACCUUCGAGGACCCCGUGUCCAGAAAGACUUUGUCUCCCAGAGCUGCUUUGAUUAAGUUGCCUAUUUUUUUUCUUAAAAAAAAAAAUUUAAUGGCCAGCCAGGACUUCUGGCCAGCAAGAAAAGAAUCUCAACUGCCAAAGAUUGAUAUUGUCCAGGCCCAAAGCAGAGGCACGUGGAAGUUCUCCUCAGGGUCAGAGCAGGGAGCGUCUUCCUUCCUGCACAUGGUCUUGGCAGACCUUGACCCAAGGACAGGUGACGUGAUGGAGGGAGGAGGUGAGUCACCUACUACUUAGGUCUGUUUGGCCUUGAGGCCCGUGUGUGCCUGGGCCCUGUGCCACCAGGUAAAUUUCCAGGCGAAGAGCAAGGUUGUCAUGACAUCAGCUAUGUUCUGGUUAGCUGCUGUCGAGUUGACUCUGACUCAUGGUGACCCCAUGCAGAACAGAAUGAAACACUGCUCCUUUGUCAUCCUCAAAAUCACCAACAUCUUCCAUUCCAUCGUUGUGGCUAUUGUGCCAAUCCAUCUCACCAUGGAUCUCCCAGGCCCUCACAGGUCCUCCACUUCACCCAACAUGAUGUCCUCCUCCAGCAAUUGAUCCCCCAAUGAUGUGUUCAAAGCAAGCAAGUUAGACAGUAUUCUGUUGUGCUUCGGGCUUUUCACUGGCUAAUUUUUGGAAGUAGAUUGCCAGGCCUUUCUUCCUAGCCUGUCUUAGUCUGGAAGCUCCACUCAAACUUGUCCAUCGUGGCUGACCCUGCUGGUAUUUGAAAUGCUGGUGUCAUGGCUUUCAGCAUCUUAGCAACACGAAAGCUACCGCAGUAGAUUGAACCGAUGGGUGGAUGGUGGCCUUCCGCUAUACCACCGAGCAUUUAGAGUUGGCACUGGCAGCAGCCCAGCCCUCCCUCAAAGGCACAACCUUGGUUAGAGACCUGGCAGUGAUCUUCAUGGGAGAGAGGACCAGACAGAGUCCCUUGGCCUGAUGUUGGAUGGCCUUGGGCUGAGCCUUCCCCAAUCUGGGCAUCAGUUUUCCCACCUGUGAAUUGAGACUGUUGGAGCUGCAAGUUCUUUGUGGAACAAAUGUUUUAGGAGGUUUUGAGAACUGUGACAUAAGAGCCAGGCCACCCAGGGGCCUUGGGAACCAGCUGACCUGUUUGAUCAAAGGAUUUUUAAUGAGGCCACUGUGGGAUGUUUAUUUGGGCAUGUAAAAAAAUUUUUUUUUCCUCUGGGGAAUGAUUUUAUAGAAAAAUAAA